AUGAGACUUUGGGUCUUCUUAUCAUUGUUGGGACUUAAUAUUCAUUUCAAAGUGCUUGCUAAUGGCAUCGCAAAUCGUUACUUUUUGGAAAAGCAGCGUUUUCUGUUGGAAAUUCUACAUCAUGUGCACGAACCUUUGAUGAACGAACAGUGGCGAUUGCUGGGAAAGGAAUUGGUUACAGAUAAGGAGCAGUAUGUGGUCUACAACGAGCACAUGAGCGACUUUUACAAGGACUUCAAUUUGGGAAAACUUUUACAUCGUGAUGAGUACUACAAUCCCCUCUACGCCGUUCAUUAUCAGCAGAUGCUGGGACUAUAUCACUUUUUCUUCAACGCCAGGGAUUGGUAUACCUUAUGGCAAAAUAUCAGCUGGGGCCGAGUUCAUAUGCAUCCGGGUAUUUUUGUCCAAGCUCUGACGCAAUUGAUCCAGAAAAGAGAGGAUUACCAGGCCUUGAUUAUGCCCAAGAUCUAUGAGUUGUGGCCGGAAUCGUAUCACGAUGUCUUAACAGUCAAAAAGGCGAGAAAUUUCAAUUUCGCCAACUGGAUAAGAUACGAGAAUGUAACCGAUAUAGAAGAAAUACGUCCGCAAAAAUUGGAACCUUUAAACUUGGAAGGUGAUCUCCGUGGUUCUAUUGAAUGGUUUCAGGCCAUGGCUGAUGUGAAUAUUCUAAGAAUGAAUCAACCGAAAGGGGGAAAUAAACUCAAACACUUGCUGGAGGACAUUGAGUGGCAAUCCUAUUGGUAUAAUCUGAACAUGGGAGUGGUUUUAACUGGCGAAAAGUCGGAUCAACUGCGAGAAUGGUGCUACUAUCAACUGGGUCAAAUACUUGCGCGCUAUAAACUGGAAUGCUAUGGCCAAAAGCUGGCUUAUAAGAGGCUGACACCAAAACUUAAUCGUGGCAUAAAGAAAGGAACCUCAAAGACGGCCCAAUUUAUAAUCAAAAACAUAUCGCAAUUGGAGGCAAAAGUGGGGGAUGCCAUUUUCUUUCGAAGUAUUCAGCUAGCUAAUGGAAGUCGUAUCAAUCUGGAAGAGAACAACAACUGGCUUAUUGGACUUGAAGAACUAUUUCCUUAUGACUGGACACAAUUAGCAAUGGAAAAGGGUAUCCAACCUAAUCUUUUACUGGAUAUACGAACUAUAGUGAGAUCCGAAGGCUUUUACUACUACGCAGAGCGAUUACUGGAUUCUUUUCGCUGGUAUCGUCAGGUGUUUCAGCCCAAUAACCAGAAAGCAUUUAUUCCAAGUGAUCUUCGCAUUGAUGAUAUGCAUAUAACGCCUCUGAUCACCUACGAUCAACCAGUUGAUGUAGAUAUUAGUAAUAUUCUGUCCGCCAGACAUUUUUAUUUAGCUGGGCAGUUUGUGUGGCCUUUUACCUUGCAACACCGACAGCAUCGACUGCAACAUAAGGAUUUUUCCUAUACACUGCAUAUAUCAAGUAACAAAACGCAAUCAACCAUUUUCCGAGUUUUUCUAACCACUUCAGGAAGCAAAAACAUUCAGAGAGAGCCAUUCUAUCAACUUGAUUCGUUUCUGACUGUGAUAUACCCAGGAUUGAACCGAAUUUUCAGGGAAUCUAAGGAGUUUGGAGGCCUGGUCGGAGAUCACAUCUCGUACACCGAGCUCUAUCAGUUUGUUAAGCUCGCCGAAAGGGAGGAGUACGACUUUCCCCUCAAUAUAUCAACUCCCAAUUGCGGAUUCCCUAGGCGUCUGAUUUUACCUCGCGGCGGUACGGGAAAUCCUCUUAAAUUGCGGCUUCUGAUCGUGGCCACUGUCUAUGAUUAUAAGGCUCGGCAGGAAAACGAACUUAAUUGUGACUUCAGCAAGGGUGUCAGUCGAUGGGAUGAGUUGCCCUUGGGUUACCCCUUUGAACGCUUCCUGGAGGACGACACCCAAGCCCUGGAAAUAGCCGGAGAUCACGUGUUCUGGAAGGAUGUGGAAGUCCUGCAUGAAAGUCCCUAG